UGUACCUACCUCUCUCAGUCUCUCUCUUCAAAGUUUUUCUCAUUUAAUUUACACAGCAAUUAAACGAGUUCGAUCUCUCUGCCAAGUAUUCCCCCGGAGAUCUGAGUUCAGCGGCGGCGGCGACACCGGUUUAAUUUUGCUUUGAUUUUUGGGAGAAAUCUCGGCGCCUAUGUUAGCAGAGAGGUUAAAAUUGGCUGAAUAUUAUCUGAUCAAAUUCUGAAAGUGGACUUUUUCAACUAAAAAAGAAGCCAAGUCCAAGUAGUUAUGAUGUCUGAAAGAAUGAGGCAAUCAACUACUGAUAACAGUGGGAAAAGCCGAAGAAUCGUGCAAUCUUACCAGCCCGUUUGGAUGGCUCACUGGAUGCGCACAAGAGACGAUGAUUCAUCAAAUACACUAGAACCUUCUAGAUCUUUCAAAGAACCCGAAACCCUCAACACUAGAACUUUCAAAUUCGCGAACGAGAGUCUUGUUUCGAGUUCAAAAAGCUCGAAAAACGAGGGAAUGCCCACUUCUCUUACGAAGCAUGGCAGUAAUACAAAUGAAUGGAACCACCUCGAGCUCGGUAAAAGUGAGAUUGUGCCGUAUUGUAACCCUCCACAGAAGAAAUUGCCUAAUCGCGUUCGUAAUUUGGAGACGGUGAGAAUAUGCACGACUGUGGAUUCUGUGAAGAUGACUCACAGUCUGUUGAUCACGAAAAAGACAGAUGUCAAUUUGUCGAAGGAGACUGAUAUUCGUAGAACUAUGGAGUUGAUUAAAAUGAAGGGGAGCACAUCACCUUUUUUCGGGGGAAUAAAGCUUCAAGAAAUGAGUAGUUUCUCUAAUAGCGAAGGUACAAAAAAUGAAGUUGUCAAAGAUUGCAAAGUUAUUAUACGGAACGAAUCGUCGGCCGAUACCGACACCAUGGACAUGGCCUUUUUUAGGCAGGAGAAACUGAAUUCCGGUACAAAUUCUACCCCCUCGACUAAGGGCUUCAAUAUUGACUCGAUUUCAUCACCUAGAAUCGACGUUUCUUCCUCAAGACGAGUUGAACACAGGUGGACGAAAACAGGGCUACCCGAUAUCAACCUGCAGCUGCCCACAUUGCCAGCCGUCGCAAGUUCAUCGGAGAAUGUGGGACCCACCUCCUCAAGUACACAGAGUCUCGAGAUGGAAACACUCCUCGCGCAAGCCGAGCAACCUAAACCGAAAUCCAACGAUUCCUCCGAAGCAGAUCCAACCAACAGAUGGGUAAAGCGUCUCAAGCUCAACUCCACAAACUCCUCAGCACAAGGCACAAAGAGCUCUAGUUUGGCCGAGAAAUCAUCUCACAAAAAAAUGAAAAAGCUUUUCGGAAGUAUUCUCGAGAGUGGCAGCACCACUAGUACUUCAGAACCAACCCCAAGAAAGCAUCACUCGAAUAAGAACGAAGAGGAGAGAGGCAAAAAGUUGUUGCUUUCGCAUGCAUGGAUUAAAAGGUGGCGGAAGAAUAGGUUGGAAUUGACGGAAACUAAGCCUGAAACAGUAGUAAUUUGCGAACCGAACAGCUCGAAACUUUCAUUGGAUGAUCUACAAAAGAAGCAGUUCCCGAGCAUUGCAGCUAUGGCUCUAAUGGGGAAGGCUAUGAACGGACUUAAGUCGUGUGAGCACCAAAAGAGAGGGCCUUUAACCGUUUGGAACACGAAGACUUUCUGAACGUACUUUCAUUUGGUUUUGUACAAGUUUUAUUAUUUCUUGAAACUUUAUUUGAAUAUAUAUUUUUGGCUUAUUGUAUUAUUAAAAUGGUUUAGUACUUGUAAAAAUUGGUAUACAUUGUCUCGUAAAAGAAAAAUCUCAUUUACACUUUUGAGAUGAAAGAAAAAGUUAUGCGUUUUACAUUUGUUUA